CUAUGUACUCCAUGAAUAUACUCUGAAGAAACUCGAAAAUCAAAAUCAAAAUCAAUCGGACAAUCAGAAGUGAUGGCGGAGAAGAACAACAACACAUCAAGAUUCGGAGGUUCGAUUUUGGUACCUUCCGUUCAAGAGUUGGCGAAACAGCCGAUCGUCGAAGUUCCAUCUCGAUACAUCCGCCCCGAUCUCCACUCCUUCCCGAUCGUCUCCGCCGCUUCCGAAAUCCCCGUUAUCGAUAUGUCGAACUUUCACUCCAACGCUUCAAUGUACUCCGAAUUGGCUCGGCUUCAUUCCGCUUGCAAAAAUUGGGGAUUCUUUCAGUUGGUGAACCAUGGAGUGAGCGAUUUGUUGAUGGAGAAAAUGAAGGCGGAGACGCAGAUGUUCUUCAAUCUACCGAUUGAAGAAAAGAAAAAGCUAUGGCAGAGUGAAGAAGAUGCUGAAGGAUUUGGACAAGCUUUCGUUGUAAGUGAAGAACAGAAACUGGAUUGGUGCGACCUUUUCUUCAUCGCUACCGCGCCUCCACAUCUCAGGAAACCGCGCUUAUUUCAAAACCUCCCUCUCGCUUUCCGAAACACAAUGGAGGAGUACUCGGCAGAGGUGAAGAAUCUGGCGAUUGCGAUUUUCGAGCAAUUUGAGAAAGCGUUGGGGAUCAAAGAUGGGGAGUUGACGGAGAUCUUCAAGGAUGGUAGUCAGUCGAUGAGAAUGAACUAUUAUCCUCCCUGCCCGGAGCCGGAGAAGGUGAUCGGACUGACGCCGCAUUCCGACGCCGUCGGCCUCACAAUUCUGCUGCAAAUCAACGAAAUGGAAGGUCUGAAGAUUAAGAAGGACGGGAAUUGGGUUGCCGUGACGCCUCUCCCCAAUGCGUUCAUCGUCAACAUUGGUGACAUCAUGGAGAUAACAACAAAUGGGGAAUACAAAAGCAUAGAACACUGCGCCACGGUGAACGCAAAGAGGGAAAGGCUGUCCAUAGCGACCUUCAACAACCCAAGUUUGGAGAAAGAAAUAAGGCCAAUUCCAUCCCUCCUUACGCCUCACUCCCCUCCAUUGUUUACAACUUUGACAUACCAACAGUUCGUGAGGCUGCUCUUUUCUCGCAAACUAGACGGGAAGUCUCACCUCGACACCCUGCGCAUUCAACCGUGAGAGAUCCCACGUCCACGAGCGGCCAAGAACGAAAAGCUUUCAUCGUCUUCUAUCCGUGCUAUGGGCUCCUCCUCCUCUUCACAGCGACCAGAUGGUAUCCGAG